ACCAAACUAUAUAAAACUGCAGCAACAGCGUUUGCAACAUCAGUCACUGAACUUACUCCCUUCUGUUCCAAGCAAGACAAACACUGAACACUAUGUCUUCCCUUCGAGCUGUUCUGGUCGUCGUGGCCCUGAUCGCCCUCGUGUCCGUGGCCUUCGCGAUGCCAGGCUACGGAGGCUACGUCAGGCCGUCCUACCACGGCUCAGUCGGCUACGGCCGACCCUCCUACGGAUACAACAGGCCUUACGGACAUCGCGGGUGAGGCAGCGACGCCGACGCCAGACCGAGGGAGGUGCUGGCGACACUCAAGGAGUCGAGACGAUGAUUCUGGCAGGGAUCGAGGAAGCCUUUGAGAAGAAUCGCCAAGAAUUUCGUUAGGUUUUGGUGUUUUUUUUUUCGGAGGUCAUGGCACUGCCG